AUGUCCGUCGACAUUGACUGGUCGCUCCUCUCCGAGCCCACCUCGUCGUCUCUCUCCGAAACCCUCAUUGCCGCGCUCAACACGCAGCUGAACCGCGCCUCCAGACCGUCAUUCCUCGGCCCCGUCACUGUCACCUCUUUUGACUUUGGUAACAUCGGCCCCGACGUCGAACUCAAAGACAUUCGUGAUGUCUGGCGAGCAUUCGACGAAGGUGACGACGAAGGUGAUGCCUAUCUCGAGGCUCAGGCCAGCGAACGCGCUGCGGAGGAAGCCCAUUCUCACAGUCCCCCGCCUCCUCCGCCUCCUCCAGCGCCUGCGUUUCGCCGUGGUCCCCAGCGUAGUCGUCACUCGUCAGCACCUCUCCCUGGCCGAAACCUGCACCCAUCGGCGUCGCAGUUGAACCUCAUUGACGACGACCACUUUGACUUUGGCGAGCGCGACGACGCCAACGACUCGGUCUACUCUGGCUUCCACAGCGGGCGCAACUCUGUCGCCUCUGUCGGACUCGGCGUAGGCGGUCUCCGUCGUGGACCACCGCGCUACCCAAUUGUGCCUUCCACCCCUCCCCGCAUGGCCAGCACUGGUCCUGCGAUCGCCGUCCCCAUCGCCCAUACGCACGGCUCAAACCCCACUCGGCCAGGCGCGCCGCUUCAUGACUCUGCUGCUCCCCUCUCCCCACCUCCAUCCCCACCUGCGCACCCAGUUGGACUGCCCGAGACCCGCCCAAACCCACUACCCUCGGUGCAGAUCCACAUGCGCCUCGAUCACGCAUCCAACAUGAGCCUUACGCUCACCACAUCGCUGCAGGUCAACUACCCAAGCCCCUUGUUCAUGUCCCUGCCUCUCAAGCUGGUCAUCACAGGCCUCACGCUCGCGGCAGACUUGGUCUUUGCGUAUUCUGGGACGAAACACCGUGUACACGUCACAAUAGUCGACACUGGCGAGGACCAGCCGCCGACUCCUGGCCAUGGCGGACACGGACUGCACGGCAUGCCCACAGGGCACUAUGCCAUAGGCCAGCGCGUGCUGCCCAACCUCCAUAUCGAGAGUGAUAUCGGUAGCGCAGACGCCCACGUCUUGCGCAACGUCGGCAAGGUUGAGCGGUUCAUUGUGGACGUGGUGCGCAAGACGCUCGUGGAAGAACUUGUCUUCCCAAACUUUCAAACCAUCGCUCUGGCUUAG